AUGGUGAACUCUAGGCAUGACUCGCCUAUAAAUCAAGUUGCCUCACCAUCCGAUGUUACUAUCGAAGAGAUGUUCUCCUCAAUCAUGAAGGAGAUGCACAAGGUGCGGGACAAUGUGAAUGCUAUGCAAGGAGGAUUUACGACUUUUCAUGAGGAUAUAGCCCUCCUCAGAGAUCGAGUUAGGCAUAACCAUUCCAUAGCACCUAGUGACCGAGAGAGACAUGAUUGGAGUGGCUACAACUCAAGGUACCAUGAUGAUGGACUUGAUAGAGGGAGUAGAAGGGAACGAAUUCCAAAGUUCCAUGGAGAGUCACACUCUAGGAGGAUGAGGGAUCAUGGUCAUCAUAAGGUGCAUGAGUGGCUAAUGGGGGAAGAAACCUCAAGUAAAGCAAGGAAGAGCUCAAACUCUCAACAUUAUGGUUGUGGCACAAGUGGAAGAAGUGUCCCACCAAAGAAGGUGGACUUAUCUCAUCCUAGCUAUCACACGAAGGUUUCGUCGUGGUUGUCAUCCAAUUUCCCUCCUUCAAAGAGCUUGAUUCAAAGUGAGCGUGACAAUGUUAAUCGCAUUGUUAAAGAGCGUGUCAAAUAUAGGGUGGAUUUUAUUGCCAACGAAAAUGAAGAGCAAUGUGACGAUGAAAAAGAGUCUACGGCCAUAUAUGAAGAAGACGCACACCCAACUUUCAAUGAUGGUGUGCCAAGCAUAGUGGAAGCCGAAGACGAAUGUGAACCGUUGAAUGCCCUUCAAAUCUUGAACACCGAACCAAAGCUACAUGAGGUUGCUAAUGGAAACAAGCACUUGAGAGAGGAUCGAGAGAAAGAGAAAAAGCUAGAGAGUGAGGGCAUGCUUCAAAAGCCAAUAGAGUGUGAGAAAAGGCAAAAAUGUGAGACGCAAAAGCCAAGAGAGAGUGGUGGGGGUGAGUGUGAAUCAAAGCUAUCAAGAGAGAAAAACUACAAGCAUGUGAGAAAAAAAAGUGGCUUGUUAGAUUAUAAGGUCAACCUUGGGUGGGCACUAGAUAAUCCUUUGCUUUUUGCCCUUGGUGAGAAAUAUAAACUUUUACCCACUAACACUUAUAUUUCUUUUUGUGUUGAUGAGCCUUUUAUAGUGAGUAAAAUUGAAGACAUGGAAGUGAGACAUCAUGAUGCAAAUGGCUUGGAAACUACCUCACCGAAAAAUGAUCAAGAGGAACAAGAGCAAGUCGAAGAACUCAUUGCCCAAGGUUCAAGUGUACUUGAUCGGGAUUUGAGGACAAAUCCUUCAAAAGAAGGAGAGGAUGAUGUGAACCCGAGUGUCCCAAAGAAAAAUCGAAGAACCGGAUUUGAGGACAAAUCCUUUGACAAAGAAGGAGAGGAUGAUGUGAAUCCGGGUAUUCACAAUCAUAAAAUACAACGAUGUCGAGGGCCGUGGGUUGAUUGGGGUCCGAAAAGAGGGUGGAGACAUGUCAAGGUGCUCAAGGCCUCAUGGGGGGAGGGAACGGAAGCGACGCCCGUCCAAACAUUUCUUAUGGAGUCAUUUGCCCCUCACUGCACGACUUUCGUAUAAUGGUCAUAACUCUCUCAUCCGGACUCCGAUUGGGGCGUUUAAGAUACUCACGCGAAGCCCUUUCGAAGACGAAGAUAGUGCUUUUGGAGGAUUCCAGAGAAAUCGCCCGACCGGGCGAUUUUUAAGGGGAAAACGCCCGACCGGGCGUUCUGUCAGUUUUUGGUCGCGAAUUCCAGAAAGUUCGCUCGACCGGGCGUUUUGCAUGAGCCAAAACGCCCGACCGGGCGUGUUGCGCGACUUGCGUUUUUGGACUCUUUUUGUCUCUUUUAUUUAGCACUUUUAGUCCCUUGUAUAAAUACCAAUGUCUAGGGUUUUGUGGGGGGACUUUUGAACAUUAUUGAAGAACAAAGACUCCAUUGGAGCACCCAUCUUCAUCAUUGAAGAUUUAUCCAAAAUCCCUUGUGGUUGCAUUUAAUCUAUU